CGAAACAAAUUGCUCAGAACUCAGUUUAUUGUGCGGCGCGGUGCUGUUUAUAACGAUACAUUGUAUUACCCUUGCAAAUAUUGCUGCGGUCCACUAAUUAAUGCUCAAUCAUGCCGAAAAUUGAUGCUGAAACACAAAAGCUCUACGACGAGAUCAAUGGAAUGAUACAAAAGUUCAAGGAGGACCAAAAGUCCAAAGCGGAUUGCUCGAUAACCGACAAAUGCGGUGAUAUGGGCGAUGUGCCCAAGAUCCGCUUUUCGUCGAAGAAAAUUCUCAAGGGGCACAUCAACAAGGUGAACUCCGUGCACUUCGCCGGGGACUCGCGCCACUGCGUCACUGGAUCCCUGGAUGGCAAGCUGAUCAUCUGGGACACAUGGACCGCCAACAAGGUGCAGAUCAUCCCCUUGAGAUCCGCCUGGGUGAUGACGGUAGCCUUCUCGCCGUCGGGCAACUUUGUGGCCUGCGGAGGAAUGGACAACCAGUGCACCGUGUACGACGUCAACAACCGAGACGCCUCCGGAGUGGCCAAGAUGGUCAAGGAGCUGAUGGGCUACGAGGGUUUCCUCAGCUCUUGCCGUUUUCUGGACGAUGGACAUCUGAUCACCGGCUCGGGCGACAUGAAAAUCUGCCAUUGGGACCUGGAGAAGGGUGUCAAGACGAUGGAUUUCAAUGGACAUGCUGGUGACAUUGCUGGGUUAUCCCUGUCGCCUGAUAUGAAGACUUAUAUCACCGGCUCUGUGGAUAAAACUGCCAAGCUGUGGGAUGUACGCGAACAGGGCCACAAGCAGAUGUUCUUUGGCCACGACAUGGAUGUAUCCUCUGUCUGCUACCAUCCCAGUGGCUUCGGUUUCGCCUCCUGCUCGGAGGAUCAGACGGCGCGCAUGUACGACCUGCGGGCGGACCAGCAAAUCGGACUGUACGAGCCGCCCCAGAAGAACACGGGCUUCACUUCGUGCGCUCUAUCGACCAGCGGGCGCUACCUCAUGUGCGCCGGCAUUGAGGGCAAUGUGCAUUCGUGGGAUACAAUGAAGCAGCGGCACACGGGCACCCUGUCUGGGCACGAGAACCGCAUCACUUGCAUCAGCCUCUGCCCCAAUGGCAUGUGUCUAGCCUCCACCAGUUGGGAUCAGCAAGUGCGUCUCUGGCUAUAAUCGGCUCUGAUCUGCGUUCAAUAUCGUCCACUGCAAAUGUUACGUUUAUGCGCGCGAUUUAUUUGCAAAUAAUAAUUGGGUAAAUGUCAGCUUGCAGUUAGUCAACACACUUGGUAAGACUUUCACUUUUAACGAGUGUUCGAGUCGAUAAAUUAUACAUGUUUCGCAUGGAAUCACGACUAACUUUGUGAGAUUCGUUCAUUUAUGAAAUUUAUAUUUGCAAACAAAUCGCUAAUGUAAUAAUUAAGUAAUAAUGAGAACGUAGUUUCCAGUAAUUAGCGAGUGCAGAUUGCAUGUGCGAGAAUAAAAUGAACAAAGUAGCACAGCAA